UAAUGCAUUUGAAAUAUCAUAUAUAUCAUAUUGUUUAUAUUCUUGACAAUUAACAAUUCAGAUGGCUAGUUUAAAAUUCAACAAUUCAAUUUCUUGAAUUCGCUUUAAAUAACUUGUAUGCUAGAUGAUAUUCGUCUUUAUCCCGCAAUUGUGGCGCCCUCUUUUAUUCACAACAAUGACAUAUGUAACUAGGCCAUCUACAUCUGCUUCUUCGGCUAUCGCUAUCGCAGGAGCAGAAGAGGGCCGGUAUAAUCCCUCUUAGCUUUCCUUCUGACAAUAUUUUAUGAAGCACGAGCACGUGUUGUAACGAAACAUUGCGCAAUUUGUAAAAUAAUAUGUAGAACAGGUUACUGUUCGAAAAAAUAUUCAGUCAUGUCAGAAAAUUUUGAAGAAGGUCAAUUCAGUGAUGCUGACGAGGAUGAAAUGUCUUUGACACAAAGGGAAAACCCUACUUUCAAAGGAAAACCCUUAUUUAAUAUGGAAUCCAAAAAGCAGCUAGAGACAGAAUUGAUCAAUCUGCAUAUUACAGAUGAUAAAAUGAUCAAUGUUGAAGACAAUGACGACAAUUACUUAUAUAACAAUGAUUAUGAUUUGGAUGAAGAAAAGAAUACUAUUGUAAAGACAAAUUUGCAGAGGCCCAACAUUCAAAAUGCAUCUACCAAGGUGUCAAAUUAUCAACCUAAACACAAAUUGUUAUCUCGUUAUGCGAAUAAGAUUAAUUUGGAAAAGUAUGCGGGACCAUCGUUGCCAAGCCACGUAGCUAAUGUAUUGAUUGAAAAUGAUAAACGUGUUGAUAAAGAUCGUGUGAGAACAAAAGAUAAAAGUGAUCAUGCAACAAAUGAGAAUGUAUUGGAUUCACGUAUAAAAAAGAAAUUACACAAGUUGUUUGAAAGAGGGAUUUUGGCAGAGAUAAAUGGUUGUAUCUCAACUGGGAAGGAAGCCAAUGUAUAUUAUGCAAAGUCAAAAAACGAAGAUGAAAUUGCUAUUAAGAUAUAUCGGACAUCCAUUCUGACGUUUAAAAAUCGGGAGAAGUAUAUCAGGGGUGAAUACCGUUUUGAUCAUGUGCAUUCUCUACACAAUCCACGCAAAAUGGUAAAAAUUUGGGCGGAAAAGGAAUUUUCUAAUUUAAAGCGUUUGGAACAGGGUGGUGUCCAUGCACCGCAGCCAAUCUUGUAUGGUGGGCAUAUGCUGCUGAUGGAGUUCUUAGGUUCAGAUGGCUGGGCAGCACCUAAAUUGAAGGAUGCAGUACUUACAGAAUCAAAAUCAAGGAUGUUAUACAGAGAAUGUAUAGAAAUUAUGUGGAAGAUGUACAACAAGUGCAGACUUGUUCAUGCUGAUUUAAGUGAAUAUAAUUUGCUGUAUCACAACGGAUCGAUUGUAGUCAUUGAUGUUUCGCAAGCUGUGGAUCGUGAUCAUUGCAAUGCAACAGAAUUUCUCAGAAACGAUUGUAGCAAUAUUACAGCGUUUUUUAAAAAGCAUGACGUAGGAGUUAUGCCUCUUCAAGCAUUGUUUGAUUUCAUAACGGAUCCAACUGUAAAUGAAAAUAAUAUGGAUGAGUAUCUGGAUAUUUGGAUUCAGGAGGCAAAUCGAGAAAAUGAUUCACAGCAACAACAAAUAGAAGAAGCAGUUUUUAAACAUGCUUAUAUUCCUCAAAGAUUGACUCAGGUGAUCAAUGUGGAACGUGAUAUAAAUCUCGCGAAAUCUGGGAAAAAUUUGAUUUAUAAGACACUAAUAGGCUUAAAAGCAGACUUGUCCAAACCUGCAGAAACACCGGAGAUCCUCGCUAGCAAACAUAAAGAUAAAGAUAAAGAUAUGAAGAAAGAAAAUGAUUCCUAUACUUCUUCUGAAAAUAGUGACAAUUCCGACAAUGAAAAUGAAAGCGAAACAAGCAGUGAAGAUAAUAAACAAAGCAAAUUCGUAAAUUCAGCUAGACCUAGAAACGAAAGUCCCGAAAGUAGAAAAGCGCGCAAAAAAGCAAUCAAAGAACAACAGGCGGAAAAGCGAAAAGUCAAAAUAAAAAAGCAUAUAAAAAAACGUAAAAUAAAAAUAUUGAAAGGAGGAAAAUAAACAUUUAUAAAAAAAAAUUAUGCAAUCUAUACAUUAAUGAUUAUCGGUUAAGUUCUUAACACAUUCAAGGAAAAAAAAGAUACAAAAA